GCUCUCAGGACACAAAAUAGCUGCUGUGUCUACCAUGCACAGUUUGAGAAACUCCCCUUUGGAGACGAAUAAUGAAGAAUUAAUAUUACACUGGAUACAUGAUACAAGUUUAAUAUAGACCAUAACAAUGUAGAACGGAACUAACUUUAAAUUGUGUUGUGUAUCUGUCUAAUUUUAAAGUGUUAGAGAGCAAGAAUAGAAUUGCAGUUUUCAAUGAGUUCAACUCUGUUUACAUUUGUAUUUUUAUUUGAAAAGCAAAGUCAUCUAAACAUUAACUUUCUUUAACAAAUGUAUGUAAAUAUGUUCUAGACUAUUAAUGCAACUUUCCAAAAAAAAGGAACAUUUUAAUCACAAAGGAUAUUCGCUAUUAUUUGGUAUUCGGCUCAGCAUCUAAAAGUUUAUUCAGCUUCGGCCACAAAUCUUCAAUUCGGUGCAUCGCUAGUGUACAUCCAACCACAAGCACACUUAUCAGCUGCAGAUGUCAUAUUGUACCCAGACAGUUUUAGGUCAUGAGAGCAGCUACCUGAUCCAAGUUCUCAGAUCAUACAGCUUUGCUGUCCCUACUCCAGGGUUCUGAGGCCAUGGAUGGCCAGUGGCGAUGUUUCUACUCGACUGAUAGUCAACAGGUUCACAAGAUACGAAGAAAAAAAGAUGGAAAUUUGCUCUCAAAGAUUUGAGAAGAAUCCAACAUGAAGCUACCAGGAACCCAUUAUCCUCCAGUGCUGCCAUGUUCCACAACUGCAACCUGCUUGUAGUAUCAAGAAGUACGAGGUGUUCAGUUCUAAGAAACAUGGCCAAGGCAGUCCCACUGAUCUGACAGUGCGACAGUAGCACUUCAUGAAGCUCAUUGCAGUUGUUUGGGACAGCUUUGCCAGAAAUGAAAGGUUUAUCAUCUGAGCAAAUGAUGAUCUAGAUUAUUAAGCAAGAGCGAAGCGCUUGGAUUCGGAAGCCUUCUCCCCAGACCCUAAUCUAUUGCGAUUGGUCAGGGGUUCAGGUUCGACUCCAGCCUAUAAAGGGAGGAUGCCGUUUGUGCAGAGUUUUCUUCGAGUGGUCUUCCUGUUGCUGAUCGUCACUUCAGAAGUCUGGAUGGCCACCUUUAAGUUAGCUCUAUUUGGGCCAUGGACAUGUGACCCAAUGUUCUCGAGGGCAAUGCCAUCAGCAGCUGCCAAUCUGGCGUUGUCUAGGCUAAAGGGUGACAUCAGCCUGAGAAGAGGAUACUGGUAUGAUGUUAAAUUGCUUGAUGAGGACUGCUCCAUUUCAAAGGCUUUAACAGGACUGGCAGAUAUAGAGGGCUAUGGUCACGCAUACAUUGGCCCUUUCAACCCUGCCCUCUGUCAUGCUGCCUCUUUGUUGACCCAGCACUGGGAGGCGGGCCUUGCCUCCCCAGGAUGCUUAGAUAAUGAUUUGCCAAACCUGCCACCCCUUACGCCACCCAGCACCGUUUUGUUCACAAUACUGAGAUUCUUCCGCUGGGCUCAUGUUGGUAUUAUAACAGCACCAACUGAUUUGUGGGUGGGCACUGGUCAGGAAGUGGCUGCAGCGCUCAGGGCCAUGGGUUUACCAGUUGCCCCAGUGAUUACAAUUGACCCAUGGAACAAAGAUGGAUCUCGAGAGGCACUCGACAAAAUCAGAGAGACAGAUAAACUCAAAGUGGUGGUCAUGUGUAUGAGCUCUGUCCUUAUUGGUGGAGAACAUCAGAGAGAGUUGCUCUUGACUGCACUAGACAUUGGGAUGAUCUCAGAGGGUUAUGUGUUUAUCCCCUAUGAUGCCCUGCUGUACGCCAUGCCAUACCAGGAUAUUGUCUUCCCUCAACUGACCAACAGCACAAAACUUCGGCAUGCUUACACCUCCGUGAUGACAAUCACCAUGGCGUCUGAUCAGAGUUUUUAUGAAGCAUUCCGACAGGCACAAGUGAAUAGAGAAAUCCGGUCAGCUGUAGCUGCAACACAGGUGUCUCCAGUCUUUGGAACCAUCUUCAACAUGGUUUAUUUUGUUGCCAAGGCAGUGGAGGAGCGACGGCAGGCAGGGGGUGGACGCUGGGUUACUGGCGAUCAAUUGGUGCACUCUGACGGAGGGUUUGAGUUCCAGGGAUUCAAUCAGAUUUUGUACGGUGGUAAAGGCGGAAGUGGCUUGCAGGCAAGCUAUCUAGUGUUGGACUGUGAUGGAGAUCGCCUUCUUCCAACGCACUCAAUCACCCCAACUCACACAGAUAGGACACAAGGAGUAGUAAAGCCGCUGGGUCGCACCUUCAUCUUUCCAGGAGGAAAACCGCCUUCAUCAAGUUUCUGUUGGUUUGAUCCAGACGAGGCCUGUACUGGCGGUGUGGACAUGGUGACAAUGCUCCUUUUUUCACUGAUGUUAUGUCUGCUGAUCACUUCUUGUGUGGUCUGGUUUAGGAAGUACAGGAGAGCAGCAAAUAUCAACAAAAUUAUCCUGACAUUGGAUGACAUUGUUUUUAUUGACACUCAAGUCAGCAGAAAGAAACUGAAUGAUGAGUCAAUCAUGAGGAGCCUUCUGGAAAUCAAAACUCCUUUUCGUUCAAUUGCAAGAAGUUAUAUACUCACAACUCCUGAGAGCUCCAACAUUGGAAUUUUAGAGGGCGACUGGGUGUGGCUGAAGAAGAUUCAGGUUGGAAAGACCAUGUCUGCAGUCAAUCAAAACACUCAGCAUCUCUUCAACCAUCUGAGAGAAAUGCGACAUGAGAACCUAAACCUUUUACUGGGUCUGUUCCUGGACUCUGGGAUCUUUGCCAUUGUGCAAGAACACUGCCCUCGUGGUAGUCUGGCUGACCUGUUAGCUGACAGCAACAUGAGACUGGAUUGGAUGUUUAAAUCAUCUUUAUUGAUGGACCUGAUCAAGGGCAUGAAAUAUCUUCACCUACGUGGGUUAAGUCAUGGCCGACUCAAGUCAACAAAUUGCCUGGUUGAUGGUCGAUUUGUUCUGAAAAUCACUGAUUAUGGACUUCCGAUGAUUCUUCACACUCAAAAUAUCAGCAUUCCCGAGGAUCCACAAGAACUGCUGUGGACAGCGCCUGAGCUUCUGAAGAAUCCACUCAGAGGAGGAACAUUCUCUGGAGACAUCUUCAGUUUUUCCAUAAUCAUACAGGAAGUGAUUUCACGUACACUUCCUUAUGCCAUGAUGGAUAUGCCUGCUCAUGAGAUAGUGGAGCGAUUGAAGCAUCCUCCUCCACUCUGCCGGCCUAUUGUCUCUGUGGAUGAGGCUCCAGCAGAAUGUCUCAGUCUGAUGAAUGAAUGUUGGAAUGAAGACCCUCGCAAACGUCCUAGCUUUGAUGAUAUUUUUAAACAGUUUCGGGGGAUAAACAGGGGUCAAAGGGCAAACAUUAUUGACUCCAUGUUGCGCAUGUUGGAGCAGUACAGUUCCAACUUGGAGGACCUAAUUAGAGAACGAACUGAUGAACUGGAGGUGGAAAGGAAUAAAACAGAGAAGCUUAUUGGACAACUUCUGCCAAAGUCAGUUGCUCAGUCACUAAAGAAAGGCAAGCCAGUCAGACCGGAACAUUACUCGGAUUGCACGCUGUACUUCAGUGACAUUGUUGGGUUUACCACCAUCUCUGCACUCAGUGAACCCAUCGAGGUGGUGGAUCUACUCAAUGACCUAUACACCAUGUUUGAUGCCAUUAUUGCAUCUCACGAUGUCUACAAGGUUGAAACCAUUGGGGAUGCCUACAUGGUGGCAUCAGGGGUUCCCAACAGGAAUGGUAACAGACAUGCAGCAGAAGUGUCUAACAUGUCUCUGGAUAUUUUGCACUCCAUUGGAGCAUUUAAGAUCAAGCAUAUGCCGGAAAUCAAAGUCAAGAUCCGCAUUGGACUACACUCAGGGCCUGUUGUCGCUGGAGUGGUGGGUCUCACCAUGCCUCGCUACUGUCUAUUUGGGGACACCGUGACGACAGCAUCGCACAUGGAAGCUUCUGGUCUCCCCUACAGAAUUCACAUCAGUCUAAGUACAGUGAAGGUUCUGACUAGUCUCAAGCUGGGAUACCACAUAGAAACAAGAAAAGCACAGGUGAAAGGCACCGUGGACACAUACUGGUUGAUGGGACGUGAAGGCUUCAAUAAACCAUUACCUGUUCCUCCAGAUUUGACAGGAGGAGCUAGUAACCAUGGCAUCAGCCUGGAUGAAAUUCCAGUUGAAAGAAGGCAGAAGUUUUUGGACAGACAGAAAAGGACAAAGAAAUAGCAGAAUCUUAUAAUUAUACACGUGAUACACAUUGGCUACCUCAAGGACAUAUCUGUCAGUUGUCAGAUUACUUUUAGUUACAUAAACAUGAACACAAUGCACCCAACUAUUUUUAGACAGUCCAUCCACAUAAAAACAGUCACUUUGUGUGCCUCUUGGGUCUUUGAUAGAUAAGAAGUCAAACCACUCUGUGCAUCUUAAUAUACUCUAGAUGGAGAACAAAGCAAGCUUCAUAAGGGCAUUUGUGCCAUGGUGGUCGCAGUCUUUUUAGAACAAGAAGUUAAAAAGCAAACAACAGCUCAUAACGAGCUGUUAUCAUUUAUUUGACUAACUUUCAGUGUUGCCAGUCACAUGACCUUGGAUAAUUGUUGUUGGUGUUUGCCUGACAGAAGCAAUGUUACACUUGCUGAAGAGAAUAAUGAGUAUCAUAGUUGAAAAUGAAGAAAUAAAUACGGAAAUAAUCUGUAGUGGAUAGAUGGCCUACUUGUUGCAAGCUGUCUUAACCAAUUGACAAUGUUGACGUUAUCUUGUUUCAAAUUACAAAAAGAAUUUAUGGCCUGUUUUUGAGUGAAGGGCCAGGAUGCUAUACCAUCCCCUCUGACAAUACACCCAUCUGUUUGCCAAUAAAUGUUUUC